AUGAAUUAUUCAUAAGAUUCUCCUGAUAUUGAUAGACCUGUUAGAAGCGACGGUGGAUGGGUUUAGACUGGUGCUAGAAUCAAGCCCCACUUAGAGGUUAGAGAUUUAAAUGCAAAAGAUGAAGCAAUUAGCGUAAUUUCAGGUUCUUAAGAAGAUGGAAGAAUUAUAGUCACAACUAGAAAUGGAAUUAAGUAAUCAGUCGUUAAUAAGCUAUUUAAAAAAGAUGAAGACUUAGCAUCAUUUAGGGAAUCUUUCAAAGACAGAAUUGAAACAUAUAAGUUUGACUAGGUAUUUGGCAUAAAUUCAAACUAAGAUAAAAUUUAUUAAGUGUACUUUUCUGAGGCAACAAAGCAGCUAUUUUCAGGAAUAAAUGCAUCUUUUUUGAUUUAUGGACCAUCUGGAGCUGGUAAAAGCUUCAGUUUUAGUGGAAAUGAGGCUAAAAACGAAAAAGGUAUUGUUUUUAAAGCUUGUGAAGAUAUCAUGCAAAAUCUUUCUCCCCAUCUUUUUGGAGGAUAAACAGCUGCCCCUUCUGCUGGAAAAGUUUAAAGACCAUAAUCUGGUUAACUUUCUUCUAAGCUUUCCAAUUUAAAAGUUUCUGUGUAUUCUAUCUAUCAAGAUGAAGUUUUUGAUUUAUUGCACUCUUUUUCUCCCAAAAACAUAAAAUAGUCUAUUAGAGAAUUAUAUGAGAAAUCAAACGCAGAAGUUAAAAUCAUGAAUAUUACAAAAAGAGAUAUCAAAAUGAUUUCAGAAUUUAAAUAAACUUACUCUCAAGCCAUCCAAAACUUACUCUUUCUGGGAGAAUAACUUAAGGAAUAAAAUAUUUAUGGCAAAUCUCAUAUCGUAGUUCAAUUUGAAGUUUAAACAAGUAUCAUUGAAGAAAGCAGUUCUGGAAAAGAAAAGAAUAAAAUUACUAAAUUAAGUGUUAUCAGACUUGCAGAUACUGAUAUUUAUGAAAAUACACAAGAGUCAAUUAAGAAUGACUUCGUUGUUUUAAAAAAAUAUUUACAACACUGCUCCAGAUAUAAUGAAAUCAGCUCAACUUAUAAAAUUUAUAAGUAAUCAAAAUUCACAUUUGCUCUUCGUGAUACUUUAAAUGAAAUUGCUAAUAUAAGAUUGCUAUGCUGUGUUACAACUAAUCCUGCAGCUUAUAUUUCUUCUAUUAAAACAAUCGAGUUUUUUGGCAGAAUGACUACUGGUCAUGACAGAUCAUAACUUUAACAAAGCUAAUCUGGCUACUAAAGAUGGAACACAUAAGAGGAAUCUAGAAUUUCUCAUCAUCAAAACAAUGCAUCUUAAAACUCUCCAUCUUUUACAGGUAAGUUUAGAAACAACUCUUACUUGAACAAUAAUAAUACAUUGGGAAGCAAUACUUUGUAACAAAAUAGCGUUUCUGGUAAUAACAUUCCUCAAUAGGAAUUAACAGCUUAAAAGUAAAAAGAAAUGGAAUCACUCAUAGUUGAAGCUGAAAAUCUUGUUACUGAUUUGACUAAAAACCAAGAAAAUGUCCCUCGUCUUAGUUUAAAAGAAAAAAAUACAUUCCUUAGCGAGAAAUAAGCAUAAUUAAAGGAAUUAAUUGGAUCACUUGACAUCAACUCAUAUAACUAACCAUUAAAUUAAGUAAAUUACUGUGAUACUCUAUUAUAAAAUGCUUCCAGAAUGCUCUCUAGAAUGGCUUCUCCAAGCACAAGGUUAGGUUCAAAUUUAAGAAGUUUCCAUAGUGAUAGCAGUGAUGAAGAAGUUUAAUAAAUAAAGCAAAAGAUUGAUCGUCAAAUUAGCAGACUAUAAGAUACAUAGACAGAUAAAUCUAGAGAUAUAAUUAGUGGUUAUACAAGUCCUCAAAGAUUAAAUUCAUCAGUUUUAAAGUCUCCAGUCAAUAGAGUUUCUUCACUUACAUCUCCUAUAAAUAGAACAAUUAGAAACUAGAGUAUUACUAACUUCUAAAAUUAGACUUUACAAAAUACUGACUAACAAUUAAAAAUCGAAACACUAAAUAAUGAAUAAGAAAAGUUGGCUUCAAGUUUUAGUAAUUUAAAAAAAUCAAUGCAACUAAAGGAAGAUUUGGAAUAUUAGAGAAGAAGAUAGGACGAAUUCGAAAUGCGUAGUCUUGAUUUAAAAUUAAAGGAUUAAGUUAUUCGUAACUAAGAUCUUGAAGAGUAGGUUAGACAUAAAGAAGAAGUUAUUCACCAAAUAGAUAGAGAGAUGAAGAAUUGCUAAGACGAUCUCUUAGUUAAUAUGGAAAAAAUGAGAGAAAUGGAGCUUAAACACGAUAAUUGGGCUCGUCUUGAAUAACAACUUCGUGAAAAUAAUGAAGUUUUAAAGCAAAAAAUCCUCAAGAAAAAAAAGAAAAUUUAAACUUUAAAGUUGUCAGUUUAGUCAAAAAAUAAAGAUUACAUUGAGUUAGAAGAUAAUUUGUCAUCUAAAAUAGAUCAUUUGUAAAGAGUUCUCAACGAAUGCUAACAUUCUCUCGACUAAAGCCAAAGAACUUCUAAUGAUUUGAAUGAGGAAUUAUAAAAUUUAAGAAAGAAAAUAGAAAUUAAGGAUGAGCAAGUGGAAAGAUUCGGUGGAGAAAUUGAACAUUUAAGAACUUAAAACAGUAGAUUGGUUUAAAAGCUCGAUAUGGAAAUGAAUGAGAAGCUAGAUAAAGACAAUCAAAUAAAAUCUCUUUCAUAAAGAUUUGAAGAAAGCAAAGAUCUUAGCCAAUCUUUAGAAGCUAAAUUAUAAAAAUUAAGAGCUACUUAUGACAUUGAAAAAGAGGAUUAUAAAAAGUAAAUUGAUAAUCUAAAGAAAAAGAGAAAAGAAAAAAUCAAAAAGUUUAAACAGUUCAUAAAUGAGCAAGAAGACAGAAUUGUCUAGCUCGAAAACGAAAAAAUUCACCAUGAAAAUCAUGUUUAAUAAGCUUAAGUUGAAUAAGUUGAUAACAGAAAAGAAAUAGAAUCUCUCAAAGAAAAUCUCAAGCUUGCCACUUAAGAAAUUGUUAUUACAAAAUAAAAUAGCAACAAUUAUCAGAUUGAAUUAGAAAGAUUACAAAACCUUGUUACAUCUUUAGAGAAUAAAAUUAAGAAUCUUGAGUCUGGAACAUUAGAAGAUGCAAGAACUAUUUAACAAUUGAGAAAAUCACUAGAAGAAGAAGAGUCCUCCAACAUAGAGCUAAGAGACAUCAAUAAAAAAUUAGAAAUUGAUUUAUAAAACUUAGAAGAAAAAUAAAAUGAGGAAAUAACUGCAAUCGAAAAACAAGUUGAUAUAUUGAUCUUAGAUAUUAAUUCUUCAAAGGCACUAAACGAAGAAUAUAAGAUAAAAGAUGAGGGUUAUAGAAAAUAAAUUGUAAGUCUAAAUGACGUUAUAGAAUCUUAUAAGGAGAAAUAUUACAAAGCCAAACAUUCUAAUAAGGCAUUAAAGUCUCAGAUUAAGAAUCUUGAAGAUAAAUUCAAAGCUAUAGAAACAUAAAAAUUAUUGGAGUUGAAGGAGUUAGAAAAGAAUAAACUAAGCUAAAAGGUAUAAGAAUAAAAGGAAAAUAAGUUAAAGGUAAUUGAUGAAAUUUAAGGACUCAUUUCUACUCAUAAAAAAAUAAGAUUUUAAAAAGACUGA